AAUAAAAUAAAACAUCACAUCUUCCUCUCUGUUCACUAUAAAUUGGCAGACAAGAGUGUGUUGGGUUCUGCUUUGAUAUUUGUUUUUUAGUUUCUCCCUCUAUCUCUCUGCGAAAACUGUAAUUAAAACCCCCCACAACACAACCUCUUCAACAUAACUUCUUCUUCUUCCAUCUUUCGUUGCAUUCACGUUUUUAGAGCUUCUCUGAAUCAUCCCCAUUAAAAUAGCUUUGAACGAGUUUUCAUAAUAGUCAACAAACGAUGGCCGUUGAAGCUCACCAUCUUAAUCCUCUGUUUUCUUCCAACAGAGAAAUGAUUCAUCCCGUUGAAGCAAACGGCUUAGCCUAUAACACCCAGAUGAGAUACGGCACCGUUCCGACGUUUAACCCUACCGUAGAAUGUCAAACUUCUCUGUUUAGUCCCAUCUACAACAUCUCACCAGUUGAUGGUUUGGUUCAUCAAUCCAUGAAACCAACGAUACAUUCCGUUGAUAGUUCUGUCACAUUCAACAGCGAGAACGAUUUUCUUCGUCCUGUGUCGUCGAGAAAACGUUCCAGAGAAGAAUCCGUUGUUUUAAAUCCUUCCGCUUAUAUGCAAAGCCAUAAAAAUCCCACCGAUCCUCUCAUGUUUCUUGGCCAAGACUUGUCUUCUAACGUCCAACAACAUCAUUUCGAUAUCGAUCGUUUGAUCUCUAAUCACGUUGAGAGAAUGAGAAUGGAAAUUGAAGAGAAGAGAAAAACUCAAGGGAGGAGGAUAGUGGAAGCCGUGGAACAAGGUUUGAUGAAGACACUAAGAGCCAAAGACGAAGAGAUCAAUCACAUCGGGAAACUAAACCUCUUUCUAGAAGAGAAGGUUAAGUCUUUGUGCGUAGAGAAUCAGAUAUGGCGUGACGUGGCACAGUCUAAUGAAGCCACCGUAAACGCCCUCCGUUCCAACUUACAACAAGUUCUCGCCACCGUUGAGCGUAACCGGUGGGAGGAGCCGCCCACGGUGGCUGACGACGCGGAGUCUUGUUGCGGUAGCAACGACGAAGGCGAUAGCGAGGAAGAGCGGUGGAAGUUAGCGGGAGAAGCGCAGGAUACGAAAAAGAUGCGUAGGGUAGGGUUGAGUAUGUGUAGAAGCUGUGGGAAAGGAGAAGCAAGUGUGUUACUGUUACCGUGCAGACACAUGUGUCUUUGUACUGUGUGUGGUUCUUCACUCAACACUUGUCCCAUAUGUAAAUCUCCAAAGAACGCUAGUCUACAUGUUAAUCUUUCCUCUUAGUAUAACCCAAUACCAGUAAAAUUGUAUAUGUCCCAAAAAAAGUAAAUAGUAGAAAAAAGUUUCUUGGUUGAAAGAAAACUGUUCAUUCUUUUUUUCU